GAGUUGUAUCUAGAUAAAGUUAUACCUAGAUUAGAAACCCCACCCUCACCUGUAGAAUUCUACCGUAAUUUUGUAUCGUCCAAUAAACCAGUUGUUAUAAAUAAUCUCAUCAAUGAUUGGCCAGCGCUACAUACAUGGAGUCCAGAUUACUUCAGAGAGAAGAUUGGUGGUCUGAAAGUGACAGCUACAGUGACUCCUAAUGGUUAUGCUGAUGCUGUGUGUGAUGGGAAAUUUGUAAUGCCUGAAGAAAGAUCAAUGACCAUGUCAGACUUCCUGGAUGUCCUAGACACAAAUUCUAAAGAAGUCUUUUACAUCCAGAAACAGAAUUCGAAUCUUACUGAAGAGUUUCAGUCUAUUAUUAAAGAUGUUUCAACUAAUAUACCACUAGGACAUGAUGCUUUCGGAAAGGAGCCUGAUGCAGUAAAUUUUUGGAUGGGAGAUGGAAAGGCUGUUACAUCUAUGCAUCGUGAUCAUUAUGAAAACUUGUAUUGUGUGAUAUCCGGCUGGAAAAAAUUUCUACUGAUUCCACCAACUGAUUUACCAUUUGUACCUUACGAAUCAUAUGAAACUGGUGUUUAUAAACAACAGGAAGAAGGAGAGUGGUUGAUUGAGGAUGAUCCCAAUACUUCACAGGUACCAUGGAUAGCUGUCGACCCGUUAAACCCAGACUUAGUGAAAUAUCCCCAAUUUAAAAAAGCCAGUAUAAGGGAGGUAACUGUAUUUGCUGGAGAAACAUUGUAUUUACCGUCACUAUGGUUUCAUCAUGUUCAACAAUCUCAUGGUUGUAUAGCAGUAAACUAUUGGUACGAUAUGGAGUAUGAUAUAAAAUACAACUACUAUCAAUUCCUAGAUAAACUGAAAUCUGUCGUCAAGUAG